UAGUUUUCUGUCCAACAUAUUCUAAACGAGUCAAUUAAUCACUCCGCUCUCAUCCCUCUCUCUAUGUGCUCAUUCUCCAAGGUUUUGCACCCCACUCUCGGAUCAGAAUUUGCCCAAUUGAAGAAAUAGUAAUAAGAAUAAUUUUACAAUAAUGGUCGAGAAAUCCAAGAUUCGGAAGAAGGGUUCCAUUGGUGAAGAAGACAUCUCUGCUCUCUUGCAAAGGUACUCGGUGAAGACAGUGCUGACAUUACUGCAAGAGGUGGCGAACGUCGCUGGAGAGAAAAUUGACUGGGGUGCGGUUGUGAAGAACACCGCAACUGAAAUUUCCAGUGCGAGGGAGUGUCAGAUGCUGUGGCGACAUCUUGCAUAUGGCCAGACCCUAAUCGAUCAAUUUGACAAUGCUCCAGACCCUAUGGAUGAUGAUAGCGAUUUAGAAUAUGAGCUUGAAGCUUUUCCUGCUAUCACCCGGGAAACUUCAGUGGAGGCUGCAGCAUGUGUUAAAGUAUUAAUUGCUUCUGAUUAUCCAAUAGAUUCCCAUCUUCCAAACAACUUGACUAUUGAAGCACCAUUGACUAUUAAUGUACCAAGGUUCAAGACAUUAACUGCAGCUUCGGAUUGUACACUUGCUAAUGUUAUUCAGGGGACGAAUAUUAGCAUUCCUGUUUCUGUACAAAAGCAACCACUAUCUUCUGGGUCAUCUGGUGAAAAAAGGCCUAAUAAUGGUACAUCAGGAGUUAAUUUGCCUCCUCGAAGAAAAAGAAGGGGUUGGUCUACAGAAGAUGAUGUGAAACUCACUGCUGCGGUGCAAAAAUAUGGAGAACGAAAUUGGGCUGAUAUCGCAAGGGGAGAUUUUGAGAAUGAUAGAAAAGCAUCAGAGCUAUCGCAGAGAUGGGCGAAUCUCAGGAAAAAACAGGGCAAUUUAAAUGUAGUAACUGGUUCACAACUUUCUGAAGCUCAACUCGCUGCUGCUCAUCGGGCCAUGUCCCUAGCCCUAGAUAUGCCAAUGGGCGACAAUUUGAAGGCAGCUCGUCAGAUGAAUUCUGUUGGCACAAAGUCUCAGCCUCAAUCUCAAAAAGCUUCUGCAUCACCACCAGAUCAGCAGUUGGGAAUGGCAGGGCCUUCAAAAUCUCAGGUGCCGAACAAAAGACCGUCAAUGAACCCUACUACUGGUCUGGAUUCAAUGAUCAAAGCUGCUGCAGUUGCUGCAGGGGCCCGCAUAGCUACCGCUACUGAUGCUUCCUCAAUAAUUGAAGCUGCUCGUUCACAGAAUGUUGUCCACAUUAUAACUGGAGGCAGUUCAGUGAUGAAAUCCUCAACUACAAGCACAUCAAAUCAACUGCCAAGCAAUGUGCAUUUUAUUCGCAAUGGCCUCACAAAGUCACCAAUUUCCACUUAUUGUGCUACUCCAAGCUCACGACCGUCUGAAGCUCAGCAAGCACAAGGUAUAUCUAUAAGACCUGCAGAGCCGGCAGUACAGUCCAACCCAGUGGGUAGUGCCCGAGUCCUGAAUGCAUCAUCUACUCCAUCCAUUGGAGUUACUAAAACUGCAGAAGUUGCUGUGGUUUCUACCUCAUCAAGUGAGAUGAAAGAGCUUGUCCAAAGAGACCAAAAUGCUGGUCUAGCUAAUGUAUAUGACUCUGUUCAGGCGGAUCAAAUGUCUGAAAAUCAGUCAGCACCAUUAGGCAGCCAAUCAAAAGAGAAAGUUGAUAUACAUCAGACUUCUACUUCAGGUAAUGUAUUGAGAGGAAACACUGAAGAAAAUCAACCUUCUACUUCCUUACGGAAUCCUAUCAGUCAAACUCAGGAUGAUUGAGUAGCUUUACCACGCACGGAAGUAGAAGAUAAUGGAUUUCAAAUAAAGGUAAGUUGAUUGAUCUCCAGGCAGACAGAAUGCUGAUAAUCAAUGUAGAAGACAAGAAAAUCAUGAGAUUCCAGUCCAAAUGGGAGCAUGAAGAUUUAGCAAGCACGAAUGCAGAUUGAAGUGCUGAAAGCAAUUAUAUAACAAGCUACAACCGGAGAUGGGAAGAGUAGAUAAAGCUCCCUAUGAAAUUUCGUCUUCCCUGUUCUUCAGUAAAUCCCUGCCAUCUUUCCCGGUAUGUAUAUACUUCUGGCGGAAGUUAUACGCUCGUUUGGACGAGGGCCCGGGAUCCUAAAUAGUGAAGUAAGAGAUCCAUUUUCAUGGGUUAAAUCAUUCUGCAGAUUUGUCUACCUGCAGCUGGGAAAGAACAGGAAAGGCACCGAUAACAAGCUCCAAGAAAGUUGGUCUUUGACUACAUUAAGAAUCUUCAUGCUGGUUUCUUAGUUGCAUAGUUGUUUCGCCUCCAGGAGGGGUACAAUAGCUAGACACUCGUAUCCUAGUUGUCCAAAAUGACAUAGACUGUGACAUUUUUGCUGUGGAUUGUUAACAAAGCUAAUUUCAGCAUUAAUUAUGUCAUUGAUCCUUAAGCACCCGAGAAAUCUGAGACAAUGGUCACAGGUCAAACUCUAUUAUUGCAGACCCCGAUUUGAAAAUGGGUUUUCUUUAAGUUGAGAGUUAAAGAAUUUAUCAAGCCAGCCGAAGGUAAACAAUGAGAGCGCAUA